AUGACAAACUCCGAACUCAUCAACACCGCCGCCCCCGGCGUCCCCUACUUCACGCCCUGGCAAGCCACCCCCGCCGGCACCGCCCUCAACCCCCAACCCAACAACAAGCCCCUCCCCAAACUCUUCACGCCCCUCCAAAUCCGCGGCCUCCGCUUCCAAAACCGCAUCAUGCUCUCCCCGCUGUGCCAAUACUCCGCCCGCGACGGCCACGUCUCCGACUGGCACCUGGCGCACCUGGGCGGCAUCGUCUCGCGGGGGCCGGGGAUCAGCAUGGCCGAAGCGACGGGCGUGACGGCGGGAGGGAGGAUAACGCCGCAGUGCCCGGGCUUGUGGAAGGCGUCGCAGGUGGAGGCGUGGGCGCGGGUGGUGGCGUUCGCGCACGCGCAGAACCAGCGGGUGGGGGUGCAGCUGGCGCACGCGGGGCGCAAGGCGGGCACCGUCGCGCCGUUUUUGAGCUUUUCGGCCAAGGCGCCCGAGGCGGAUGGAGGGUGGGGCGGGGACGAGGUGGUGGGGCCGAGCGCGGUGGCGUACGAUGCGAACGUGCAUGUGCCGAGGGAGAUGACGAAGGGGGAUAUUGGGGAGGUGAGGGAGGCGUUUGCGAAGGCGGCGGGGAGGGCGGUCGAGGCGGGGUUCGAUUUCGUGGAGAUUCACAAUGCGCAUGGGUAUUUGCUGCAUUCGUUUUUGUCGCCGGUCGCGAAUCGCAGGACGGAUGAGUAUGGCGGGUCGUGGGAGAAUCGGACGCGGUUGACGCUGGAGGUGGUGGAUGCGGUGAGGGCCGCGAUUCCGGAGGAUAUGCCGCUGUUUUUGCGCAUCUCGGCGACGGAUUUCCUCGAGGAGGUCGAGGGGUUCGGGCCGGAGAAGAGCUGGACGCUGGAGGACACGAUUGCGCUGGCGGAGAUUCUGGCGGAGCGCGGCGUCGACGUCUUGGAUGUCAGUGCUGGCGGACAGCAUCCCGCGCAGAAGAUCAAGGGCGGACCCGCGCACCAGGCGCCCUUCGCCAAGGCCAUCAAGGAGAGGGUUGGAGACAAGAUGCUCGUGGCCACGGUCGGGACCAUUACCGAUGGGAAGAUGGCGAACCAGUUGCUGGAAGACGGCCUGGAUAUCGCCGCCGCCGGCCGCCUGUUCCAGAAGAACCCGGGUCUGGUGUGGGCAUGGGCCGACGAUUUGGAUGUCCAGAUCGAAAAUGCGCAGCAGAUUGGCUGGGGUUUCAUGGGCAGGGGCAAGAAGGGAAAAAAGAUCAACACCUUUUUGACGGCUGAGUGA